AUGCACUCAACCGGUCUUCAAUUGCAUGCUAUUCAUACGGCCAGACUACCCAGACCAAGUCUCGACCCGCGCUUAGAGGACCACGGUAAAGUAAUUGUCGAUGAGUACUCAAUUAUCCGUGAUAAAUAUGCUGCACCAAAAUAUCCUGUCGUUCUCGCCCAUGGCUUGCUCGGGUUUGACGAACUACGCCUUGCUGGCCCAUAUCUUCCCGGUGUUCAGUACUGGCGUGGUAUUAAAGAGGCACUGACGGCGCGAGGCAUUGAGGUUAUCACAGCGACCGUGCCCCCGUCGAGCUCUAUUGAAGCGCGGGCUGAACAAUUGGCCCGGAAUAUCGAGGCCGGGGCUCAAGGGAAAGAUGUUAAUAUUAUUGCGCAUAGCAUGGGUGGUCUUGAUUCGCGAUAUAUGAUCAGUCACAUACGGCCGGAAAAGUUCAAGGUUGUGUCACUGACCACUAUCGCAUCUCCGCAUCGAGGCUCAUCUGUGGCGGACUAUGUAUUUGAUCAAAUUGGAGCUGAUCGCCUACCUCAGAUCUAUUAUGCCCUUAAUCGACUAAAGGUCGAGACCGGUGCAUUCUCUCAACUAACACGAAAAUACAUGACCGAGACCUUCAACCCCAAUACCCCAGAUAUGGAUGAUGUUAGAUAUUUCUCCUAUGGAGCAGCAGUGGAGCCAAGUAUAUGGUCCGCUUUCCGGCUUUCGCACCGAGUGCUUGCAGAGAUCGAAGGACCCAAUGAUGGCCUAGUUAGCGUGUCUAGUAGCCGCUGGGGAGGCGAUGCAGGAUACAAAGGGACCCUUAUGGGCGUGAGCCAUCUAGACUUGAUCAACUGGACCAACCGGCUUAAGUGGCUAGUCGGGGAAGUAACAGGCAACAAACGGAAGUUUAACGCCAUUGCGUUUUACUUGGACAUUGCGGCGACCGCGCUUCCCCCUUUGAUCCUUCGAUCGCCGCCAACCAACCGAGAGAGCCCCGCCAGGGCCCGGGCGCCCGCCGCCAUGUCCGCAAACAUCGUCUUGGACUGCCGCCACACCCAUUAUACAAAUCUGGACUUUCUCAAGGGAAAGGUUGUGCUACAGCUGCCGACUGAAGCAGCUAUUGGGGCCAUCCAGGUCAAAUUGGAGUGCGAAAGCCGCACUCGUCUAUCCGGUCCCAAGAAUCCUCAAAAUGUGCACUCGGAAAAAAAGCGAACGGAGCUUGAGGUUCAUAAGAUCUUGUACAAGGUUGCUACCGUCUUCCCGACACCGGGUGUGAUGCAGAAUGGAUCCCCUGCACCUACAUAUACCUUUGCCGCAGGGUCAUAUGAGUACCCUUUCGAAUUCAAGUUUCCCUUCAAUAAUUCAUGCAGCACCACCAACAGCAUGCUCACCAAUCUGAAGUUUUCCGGGUUGAAAGUCGAGGUAGCUAAAGACACCAACCGACACGUCAGAAAGACUCUCCCACCGUCUUUAAGCGGGUUCCCAGGCGUAGCAGAUAUCAAAUAUUUCGUCAAGGCCACAGUCAUUCGGCCGCAGUUCUACAAAGAAAACAUCAGAUCGAUCGUGCCUCUGAAUUUCCUUCCAAUUGAGCCACCAAGAGUUGGGAAUCCCAAUGAGGAAACCUACGCCAGGCGGCAACAUCAAUUCUCCAAAAUCCAGAUCCCGUACAAGAAAAAGAGCAUCUUCUCACGAGGAUCUUCUGCACCUGCACCCCCAGAAUCAUACGCAGAGCCUCCUCGGGUUUCUGUGGAUGCUCGACUCCCGAACCCGUCUAUUCUCACUUGCAACGAACCUGUCCCCCUCCGUCUCAUCGCUAAAAGGCUGACCGAGGGACCGGACCUAAUCUUCCUUCAGAUGUUGCAAGUGGAACUAAUAUCCUUCACGAAAAUCUUGGCUCAUGACCUCAACCGCACUGAAAUUAAUUCAUGGGUCAUCAUGAGCCGUAGCAAUAUGGAUGUCCCGCUAGGCAGCCCAGAGGACCCCGUAGGCACUGAUUGGACUAUUGAUCCAACCCUGUGGAAUCGGUAUCCCUUGCCUAACUCGGUGGCACCGUCCUUUGAGACAUGUAACAUUGAAAGAUCUUACGAGCUGGAAAUUCGACUGGGCUUGACUUACGGAACGCAGCCUCAACUUAUUGUCCUGCCCCUGCGAAUGCCAGUUAGAGUAUUCUCAGGAAUUGCUCCACCACAGGCCCUUCUAGAUGCAAUGGCCGCCGCAUCACUUCAGCCAUCAUCCUCUAAAAUGAAACCCCAGCCCAGCUUGCCGACAGAGGUGGGAAACAAUCGACCACCUAUACCACCACGGCCAAACGGCGAGCCUGUACCCGUCAAUUCCGGAGAUGCAUAUGACGACGCACCACCCAGUUACGAGGAUACCAUGGGAGACCACCUGAGUCCGGUGGAUGGACCACGCCGCGAGUAUCACCCACCAGACGCCUCAUCACAAAGCACAGUAGAAUCUGGAGCUGAUUCCAAGUCCGCAGCCCAACCGGGUAAGGCGCUUGAGGAUGGACCCGUGGCAGGAGGAUCCUCAUCCUCGGCGCCUCGUCGAGGAAAUCGUGAUUCCACGGAGUCCUUCGACAUGCUACCUACCACACCGCCGGAAUCCCAAUAUGGAUCACCUCCCGCAUCCCCCGCGAGACGUCCAGCGAGUAUGAUGAAACUUCCUCGGAACACCGUUGAUGAAGAAAGCCCGCCGCAAUAUGAGCCUGUUGCGGAGAAUCAGCUAAACGCUUCCCAGGCUGUGCAACGCCAGCCUUCACGGAAUAAUCUUCGUCCUAUGAACUUGGGUGUUCCUAAUCGGAAGCCUGUGCCACGAGGUCGGAAUCCUUGA